AUGGUAACUUUACCUCGUUGCCCAACUAACGCAUUGUUUUCAGAGGAACUUUUACUUCCCGAUAUUGUUAAUUUAAAAGGGACUACUUCAGGCUCUUUCUUCUUUUUAGCUAGGCCGGGAAUGUCUGGAUUAUUACCUGAUAAUUGUAUUGAUAGAUUGGCUGAAAUGGAGCCUAGGAAUCAAUUACAAAAAAUAUUUUUUCUUGGAAGGUUGAGGAAGUCUCAUUGUUGUGGAGAAAUGAGUUCUCGUGAUCCUUUCUAUAGAGGCUACUCUAAUUCUGAAGAAAAUGGUAGAACUCCAUUUUAUGGCGCUUUUCCCUUCAUAUACAAUACACAACAUAUCCGUCAAAAACCUUUUGCUGAACUGCAGAACACAACAAAUUUCCCUCCUCGCCCAAAACACAACGAUUUACUAACUCCAUUCCUCUCUCAACAAAUUCCACAAAAUUCAAAAAUUUAUUUCCGACAUUCUGGAAAUACUCCUCAAUUAGUCCCAGCUUUGUUUUGGACUGAAAAGGAAGAAAAAAGCAAUUUAAAAAUUUGGCAUUUGGGAUGUCUAAAUUUGUUGGAAAAAUGUUGGAUUGGCCCUAUGGCAGAAUGGGAAGCACCUGCAAGUGAACGAGCCGAAGUUGUGAUGAGCGCUGAUGGAGCUAUGCUUGUAUUAAUUCGACAAAAUGGGAAUGAAAGAGAAAAAAUGCGCUGUUUCCGCAUCUCUCAACAACGCCUACUUGCACCCCCUACUCUACUUGACUUAACGCUAAUUUCCAUCCAAUGUUCUGAAAAUCGAGCAUUAAAGUUGCUAGCCCAACAAUUGUUGAAUAGUGUUGGAAAAUGA